UUCCAACUUUUUCAUUCAUACGCCUCUCUCACUCGCUCCGCCUUUUCCGGUGGUUCUGUAGCGCGUGAAAGCUGCAGCAUGAAGCAAAUUGUGACGAAUCAAACCGUCAAGAUCCCUGAGGGAUUGACUGUAACAGUCAAAUCCCGAAGGGUAACCGUGAAGGGACCCAGAGGUACUCUCAGCCGCUCCUUCAAACAUCUGGCUCUUGAUAUCCGUAUGAUCAACCCAAGACUCCUGAAGGUCGAGAAAUGGUUCGGUAAGAAGAAGGAGCUCGCAGCAGUCAGGACUGUGUGCUCUCACAUCUCCAACAUGCUCAAGGGUGUCACCAGUGGUUACAUGUACAAAAUGCGUGCGGUGUAUGCCCAUUUCCCCAUCAACUGUGUCACCACCGAGAACAACACGGUCAUUGAAAUCCGUAAUUUCUUGGGUGAAAAAUUCAUCAGGAGGGUCAAGAUGGCGCCCGGAGUUACUGUUAGUAACUCAGCUAAACAAAAGGACGAGCUGAUCCUCGAGGGUAACUCGUUGGAGGAUGUUUCACGAUCAGCUGCCCUUAUUCAACAGUCAACGACUGUCAAAAACAAGGACAUAAGAAAGUUUUUGGAUGGUCUUUAUGUAUCUGAGAAGACGACUGUUGUCCAAGAAGAGGAAUAAAUGUUUCUUACAAUAAAUAUAAUUAACGAUAAA